GCACAGAGAAAUCACACUCUCACCCAUCCCUAUCUCAUCUUACAAUGGCGCAAGAUCAAGCCGUCGACUCCGAGCACUCCGAGCCCUACACGUACUCACCGCUCGAUGAAGAAGCACAAGAGAUCCGCCUCUUGACUCUGCUGCCUGGCAGCUUCUCCUCCGACGUCCGCGUCUGCCUCGACAUCACACCAUUCACAAAAUCUCACGUCCCGAAUUUCGAGGCAGUGUCAUAUACCUGGGGCUCGGCUGAAAAUCCUGUGAGCAUCUUCAUCGGGAACUCGGGUCGAACGACGCUGGCCGUUACACAAAAUCUCGGCAAGGCCCUGCCGUACUUCCGCUCUGAGGACAAGUCUCGUGUUCUCUGGGUCGAUGCUAUUUGUGUUGAUCAGAAGAAUCUCAAGGAGAGAGGGCAGCAAGUUAAGAGAAUGGCAGAUAUAUUCUCGAAAGCAGUUAGAGUCUUAGUUUGGCUCGGUCCUGCAUCAGAAAAUUCCGAACUUGCACUGGACCUCUUUGAGAGAAUUGCGUCCAAGGUCAAGGUCGACGAAGCCACGUUUAAUAUAGUCGCUACGACUAAUGAAGCCCACUGGGUGGAUUCAGAGGCUGGAGUUCCUUUCAAUGAAGUCGAAUUCCUCUCUAUAUGGCAAUUCAUUCAAAGGCCCUGGUUCGGGCGUCUCUGGAUAUGGCAAGAAGUCCACCUAGCGCUAGGGGAUGUUGAAGUCAUGUGUGGUGUCCGCACAAUUCCAUGGACUGCCUUACAAUUAGCUAUCCGAUGGCUUGGUCGGAAGCCUCUCGCCAUACUUGACCUAGACGAAGAACACUAUAAACGCUUCAUCAACGUCAUAAAUUUGUGUCUUGGAGUGAAUCACUAUAGAACCAUCAGGAGAGUAAUUCACUAUUCGAAGAACUCCAACUGCUCAGACCCAAGGGACAAGAUCUAUGCCUUGCUGUCAUUAAUCUACAGACCCUGGUCGAUCAGAAUUGAGCCGAAUUAUACAAAAGGCGUAUACCAGACUUAUCGGGAUUUUGCAUUAUCAUUGAUCGAAUCUAGCCAUGAUCUAGAUAUUUUGAAUAUUGUGGAGAGUCAUGAGCACCUCGAAGGUGUUCCAUCUUGGGUUCCCAACCUUAUUUCUCCACUCCCCUACAAUCAUUUAGAACUCAGUAAUGCUUCAACCAGUUCACGUCAUAGCUUAUCUAUCAAGCAUGUCGUGAAUAUUUUGGAAGUUGAAGGGGUCAUCGUUGCAGGAAUAAGACAAGUUGAACCCAUGGUCUUCUUCCAGAAUGUUUCCGGAGGAAAGAAAGACGUUAGAGGUUUAAGGGAUUUUGCGACAAGUAUAGGAUUCCGAAAAGUGUCCUUUCAGAGCCGUCAACAUAAAGCAUUUACCAGGACCAUUUGUGGAAACUGUUUUGGGGACCGAAUAUCGCCGGUCCAAUCCUCGGUGCUAAGUGCAGCAGAAGGUGAAGCAGUAGCGUAUAAGAUUUUGACAUUUGAUAUGGAUGAGGACUUAGGAGCUGUUUGGGAAAGCUCUAGAAGGGAAUUAGACUUCAUUCGGCACGUUUGCAUAGGGCGAUCUUUCUACUUGACCGAGGACGGAAUCUGUGGCCUAGCGCCGCUCCUGGCCAAUCAAGGUGAUAUAGUCACUGUUCUAUUAGGCUGUCAAUCUCCUAUUGUGCUGCGUCCGACUAUAGAUGGGAGAUACAAAGUCAUCGGAGAAGCGUAUUGUGAUGGGUUCAUGGACGGGGAAGCAUUGUUUGGAACUUUCCCGGAUUCAUUCGAAGCAAUUUUGAUAUAUGACGCGAGCGGUGGCUCUUAUGGAUGGGCGUAUUUUAACAAGGUGACGGGAAAUUUUCAAGUUGAAGAUCCUCGGCGAGGCCCGCUGCCUCCAGGGUGGCAAAUAUGGAGGCAUCCAGGAGAGGAUUUUGAUCAGAUAUUCAAAAAUGAUGAGACAGGUGAGGAAACGUGGCAGGAUCCAAGAUUAACCUCCGGGGAACUGCGAAAGCGAGGAGUUCCGCUACAAGUGUUCAAUUUAGUCUAGACUUGUGGCGUUCUGUGGUGUUUCCGGAGAGAUCUGCCAAUUCAUUGCCUGAGUUCUCACGGCGAUGUGCUAAGAAACAACCAAGAUUGCACCUAAAUCAUCC